AUGUACAACCCGAUGACGACUGGCUCUUCACGUCAGUAUCCUCAACCCAUGCCUGGCCCGAGCCCAGCUCAAGGAACGGGGCACCCACCGCAACAGCAGCAGUUCCCUCCCCAGCAACAGCAGCAGCAGCAGUUCCCACCUCAAGCUGGCUGGGUUCCCUGGAGGACAACAAGGCGGGUAUGGAGCUCCACCCUCGGCUCCUCCAGGGUUCCCUCCGAUGCCGGCGGCAAGUCAAGGCCCUCCUUCCGGAGAAGCAUGGCUCCUCCUCCUACGGGAAGCAUGGCUCCUCCUCCUACGGGAAGCAUGGCUCCUCCUCCUACAGGAAGCAUGGCUCCUCCUCCUACAGGAAGCAUGGCUCCUCCUCCUACAGGAGGUAUGCCCCCACCUAUGGGAGAGGUAUGGCUCCUCCUCCUAUGGGAGGUAUGGCUCCUCCUAUGGGAGGUAUGGCUCCUCCUACGGGAGGUAUGGCUCCUCCUACGGGAGGGGAAGCAUGCCCCCACCUACUGGAGGCUAUCCUACCGGAGGCUAUCCUGGCAGCAGUGCUGUCCCUCAAGGGCUUCGCAGACCCAGAAGGAGGCUCGUGGGACAGCCAAGGGUACGGAGCUCAGCCGAACCAGGGUGCUCAGGCUCCUCAAGGAGGAACGAGGAACGCUAUCCCAAUGCCCCCAGGAGGGAUGCCCGGUGGAAUCCCACCAGGAGGAACAACAGGCCCGGGCGCUACCCCAGCACAGCCACAGGUGCAGUUCUUCAACCCAGCGGCCAUCCCUUCGAAGAAAGCAGGGCCGGCCGGCUGGAGCCCCAACGGAGCAGAUGGCUGGCAUGAGCAUCGGCGGGCGCGGCCCAGCGCAAGCGUUCAACCUCGGGGAGAUCCCGCAGUGCCCUCAGGAUGGUGUCCGCACUGCUCAGUCGUACAUCGAGGACCAAGUGGGACAGUCGAAUCCGCGCUACAUGCAGUGCUCCGUCGGAGCCAUCCCUGCAUCCCAGGCGGUCGCCCAGAAGUUCUCGCUCCCGAUGGCCGUCACCAUCCACCCCCUCAACGACCCCCCUGUCGCCCCAGGCUACUCUGCCGUGCCCGUGUCUUACGCCCAAGUCUUGAAGUACAUCAAUCCGUUCGUGACGUGGCUGGACGCGGGAAGGAGGUGGCGGUGCAACGUGUGUGGCCUGCUGAACGAUGUGCCUGCGGACUACUACUGCAGCCUCGACUCAUCAGGCAAACGCCGAGACCAUGCUGAGAGGCCUGAGCUCAACUUCGGGUCCGUGGAGUAUGUCGCUCCUGCGGACUACAUGGUUCGCCCUCCCCAGCCUCCCACUUACGUCUUCUGUAUCGACGUAUCUGCCCGGUCUGUUCAAUCUGGACUGCUCACAGAGGUUGCCAACACGAUCCUCGCUAAUCUCGACAAGCUUCCUGGAGGAAGCAGGACGCAGAUUGGGUUUGUCACGUUCGACUCGAGCUUUCACUUCUACUGCCUUAAGAGCUCCCUGCAAGAACCUCAGAUGCUCUGCGUGGCUGACUUGGAUGACCCCUUCCUCCCUCUUCCUUCUGAGUUGCUUGUCAACCUGGUGGACAGCAGGGAGCAGGUCGAGUCUCUCCUCCGCAAGCUCCCAAGCAUGUUUAGCGCCACUGUCAACCCAGACUCUGCAUUCUAUCCUGCGUUGCAGCCCACCGUUCGUCCUCGGGAGGACACGAGCCUUCUUGGCAGCGAGCAUGAGGCGAAGAUUCUGAACCCAGCCAACGACUCCUUCUCCUGCGACCUCAUGCAUGAAGAGCAGAACCUGACAUGCUCCCACGUCUGCAUCCAGAGUGCUCUUCUCUACACAACCUCGGACGGCGAGAGGAGGAUACGCGUUCAUAACCUCAACGUCCCCGUCACGCAGAACUUCGUGGACCUCUACAGCACCAUCGAUGUGCCCACUACCAUGAACUCUCUCCUCAAGUCUGCGGUCGAGCAGGCGCAGAACACCAAGCUGAUUGAUGCUCGAAGCAAGAUUCAGAGCGCUUGCGUGCAGUCCCUCCGAGCUCAUCGGUUGAUGUGA